GGGGAGGGAGGCGGGAUUUCCCAGGGAACAGAGAAGCGGGCAGUACUCAGCGGCGGCGGCGGCCGUCCUGAGGCGGUUUAAGUCGAUUUUUUUUCCCCCCACAGCCCGCCUUCGGGCGAGGGGACGCCAGCGGCCCCGUCACGUGACGUCGGGCCGGCUGAGGGGGCGAAAGGGCGGCGGCUGAGGGGAGCCCCGGGCCCGUCCCCUCUUUCCGUCAGCUGCCUCCAAGGGGGGUGAUCAGCACGGCCGACACCAUCUGAGGCGGCGGCGACUCGAGCAGGUUUUGUAGUGUUUUCCCGAGCAUGAGUUCAGAAUGAAGCGGCGACUGGAUGAACAGGAGUCACCCUACGCGUCGCAGCAGAGACGGAUUGCCAGCAGCACGGAGCCUUUCCAACACCAGCACCGCGUGCUCGCUCCGGCACCUCCCGUAUAUGAGUCCGUUUCAGAGACCAUGCAGUCCGCUACUGGAAUCCAGUACUCUGUAACUCCCAGCUACCAGGUGUCAACGGUGCCACAGAGCUCGAGCAGCCAUGGGCCCGCACUAGCCACUGUCCACAGCGGGCAUCAUCACCCUACCCCAGUCCAGCCCCAUGGGAGUCAGGUGGUGCAGGGCCAUGCUCACCCGACACCCCCAGCAGCACCGGGGCAGGGGCAACAACAGUUCCAAAGACUCAAGGUGGAGGACGCCCUUUCCUACCUGGACCAGGUGAAGCUGCAAUUCGGUAGCCAGCCUCAAGUCUACAACGACUUCUUGGACAUAAUGAAGGAGUUCAAAUCUCAAAGCAUCGACACGCCGGGCGUGAUCAGCCGCGUAUCUCAGCUGUUCAAGGGCCACCCGGACUUGAUCAUGGGCUUCAACACUUUCUUGCCUCCCGGCUACAAAAUCGAGGUGCAGACCAACGACAUGGUGAAUGUAACGACACCCGGGCAGGUUCACCAGAUCCCCACUCACGGCCUCCAGCCCCAGCCGCAGCCUCAGCCGCCGCGUCUCUCAGCCCGUGGCCAGUCGGCCCGACUCCCCUGCCAGCCAGCUCUGGCUUGCGCCCCUGCCAAGAUCAGUAGGUCACCAUCCCAGUUACAAACACAUACACCCACCAGCCAGCAGGCUCCUCCGAUUCCAUGCAGCAUUAGCUACGCUCCCCGCUUGAUUGCAGCCUGCCUGUGACAAUCUCCAUCAAGGCUGUACCAGAAUAAUCAGCCGGUCGAGUUCAAUCACGCCAUCAACUACGUCAAGAUCAAGAACCGGUUCCAAGGGCAGCCGGACAUUUACAAGGCUUUCUUGGAGAUACUCCACACUUACCAGAAGGAGCAGCGGAACGCCAAGGAAGCAGGAGGAAUUACCGCCAGCACGGCCGAGCAGGAGGUUGCAUGGGUGGCCCUGUUCAAGAACCAGGAGGACCUGCUUUCAGAAUUUGGGCAGUUCUUGCCCGAUGCCAACAGCUCUGUGCUAUUAAGCAAAACCACUGCGGAGAAAGUGGAGUCUGUGAGGAACGACCACGGGGGCACCGUCAAGAAGCCCCAGCUCAACAGUAAGCAGCAAAGGCCGAAUCAGAACGGCUGCCAGAUCCGGCGGCACGCCACUGCUGGAACGACCCCGCCGGUGAAGAAAAAACCAAAGCUACUUAAUUUGAAGGACCAGUCCUUGGCUGACGCCAGCAAGCAUGGCGGGACCGAGUCUUUGUUCUUCGACAAGGUGCGCAAGGCUCUCCGCAGCACAGAAGCGUACGAGAAUUUCCUCCGCUGUCUGGUCAUUUUUAACCAGGAGGUCAUAUCCCGAGCUGAGCUGGUGCAGCUGGUUUCUCCGUUUUUGGGGAAGUUCCCAGAGCUGUUCACUUGGUUUAAGAACUUCCUCGGCUACAAAGAAUCUUCACAUCUGGAGACCUUUCCAAAGGAACGGGCGACGGAGGGGAUAGCUAUGGAGAUCGACUACGCCUCUUGCAAGAGGCUGGGCUCCAGCUACCGAGCCUUGCCAAAGAGCUACCAGCAGCCCAAGUGCACUGGUCGGACUCCGCUGUGUAAGGAGGUUUUGAAUGACACCUGGGUCUCCUUUCCGUCAUGGUCCGAAGAUUCCACCUUUGUGAGCUCCAAGAAGACCCAGUAUGAAGAGCACAUCUAUCGUUGUGAGGAUGAGCGCUUUGAGCUGGACGUUGUCUUGGAGACCAACCUGGCGACCAUCCGAGUCCUUGAGACGAUACAGAAGAAGCUCUCCCGCUUAUCGGCAGAGGAUCAAGCCAAAUUCCGCCUGGACAAUACCUUGGGGGGCUCUUCGGAGGUUAUCCACCGCAAGGCGUUGCAGAGGAUAUAUGCCGAUAAAGCAGUCGACAUUAUUGACGGGCUCAGAAAGAACCCUUCCGUUGCAGUCCCUAUUGUGUUGAAAAGGUUAAAAAUGAAAGAGGAGGAGUGGCGAGAAGCCCAGAGAGGGUUCAACAAAGUGUGGCGGGAACAGAACGAGAAGUAUUACCUGAAGUCUCUCGACCACCAAGGGAUCAACUUCAAGCAGAACGACACCAAGGUCUUAAGAUCGAAGAGCCUGCUGAGCGAGAUCGAAAGUAUUUACGAUGAGAGGCAGGAGCAGACUUCCGAAGAGAACACCGGCCCCCACCUGUCGCUGGCCUACGAGGACAAGCAGAUCUUGGACGAUGCCGCCUCCCUGAUCAUCCACCACGUCAAGCGGCAGACGGGCAUCCAGAAGGAAGACAAGUACAAGAUCAAGCAGGUCAUGUCCCACUUCAUCCCGGACCUGCUGUUCGCCCAGCGGGGCGAGCUCUCUCCAAGCGGCGAUGGAGGGAGGAGAGAAGAGGAGGAGAUGGGCGUGGGCGAGGGGCACCGAGGGGGGGCGUGAAAAGAAAGCACAGCGAAGGGUGGGGGCAGCCCCCCCAAGGCCAAGCUGCUGUUCAGCAACACGGCCGCCCAGAAGCUGCGCGGCAUGGACGAGGUCUACAACCUCUUCUACGUCAACAACAACUGGUACAUCUUCCUGCGCCUGCACCAGAUCCUGUGCCUGCGGCUGCUGCGGAUAUACAACCAGGCUGAGCGGCAGAUAGAAGAGGAGAACCGGGAAAGGGAGUGGGAGCGGGAAGUGUUGGGCGUCAAGCGAGACAAGAGCGACAGUCCUGCCAUCCAUUUGCGGUUGAAGGAACCCAUGGAUAUCGAAGUAGAAGACUACUACCCCGCUUUCCUGGAGAUGGUGCGGAACUUGCUGGACGGGAACAUGGACUCGUCCCAGUACGAGGAUUCUCUGCGGGAGAUGUUCACCAUCCACGCCUACAUUGCCUUCACCAUGGACAAGCUGAUUCAAAGUAUUGUUCGACAGCUUCAGCAUAUAGUGAGCGACGAGAUCUGCGUGCAGGUGACGGAGCUGUACCUGCUAGAAGCAUGCUUGACGGUGCUUCUGGGGGGGGGGAGGAGCCCUUUGUCCCUGCCAGUCAUCCCGCUUCCCCUGGUGGAAAAGCGGCCUAUCAACGCAUGAAAAGCCUGAAAGCACCUGAUGCAGGAUGAGAACUGUUUCAAGCUGAUGUUCAUCCAGAGCAGAGGGCAGGUUCAGUUAACCUUUGAGCUGCUGGACACAGAAGAAGAGAACUCAGACGACCCCGUCGAAGCCGAGCGUUGGACCGACUACGUCGAUCGGUACGUCAAUUCUGACUCCACCUCUCCUGAACUGCGGGAACAGCUAGCCCAGAAACCAGUAUUUCUGCCCAGAAACCUGAGGCGGAUCCGCAAGUGCCAGCGCGGUCGGGAGCAGCAGGAGAAGGAAGGAAAGGAAGGGAGCAGUAAGAAGCCCUUGGACAAUGUGGAGAGCUUAGACAAGCUGGAGUGUAAAUUUAAGCUCAACUCCUAUAAGAUGGUGUAUGUGAUCAAAUCGGAGGAUUACAUGUACCGGAGGACAGCUCUGCUGCGUGCUCAUCAGUCCCACGAAAGAGUGAGCAAGCGGCUGCACCAGAGGUUCCAAGCCUGGGUGGACGCGUGGACCAAGGAGCACGUGACCCGCGAGAUGGCCGCCGAAACCAACAAGUGGCUGAUGGGCGAAGGGCUGGAAGGCCUGGUCCCAUGCACCACCACCUGCAACGUGGAAGACCUGCACUUUGUCAGCAUCAACAAGUACCGUGUCAAGUACGGCACAAUAUUCAAGACGCCCUAAACUCCGGGGAGGGAAAAGAGAAAGAAUAUUAGCAGCGGUGGAAGGGUGAGGCGGAAGAUUUCACUUAGCGUAGCCGUGCCUCAAGGAAAAAGCAAAGACGAUGCCUACCCCCGUUCUACCCUCCCCCUGACCUUUUGUAUAUCUUCAUAACGGUCACUUCGCAACAAGUCCGUAGCCGGUGCACCCUGUCGCCCCAGCGGGGGAGCGGCUUUCCAAACGUCUUCACCUUGAGAAGCUGGAACUGUUGCCAAGGAGACGAAACUUCCAUUUACACAAUAACUUGGGGAGGGGGGGUUUCCCGAAUCUCCGUACAAGAGACCCGCCUUUCCAGUCUACACCAGCAGCGAUCCUCUCAACGGUAUGGCCGACAAGAACAGUAGGUGCUAUGCAGAAGCUCGAAAGGAUAUUGGUGCAUUUAACCAACCCCCCCCCCCCUUCCACCCCCUCAGAAGAAACAACUGAGACUUUUGUGGCCGAAACAUCCUCGCUCGAAAUCCCAGGAACUGCCCAACGGGACAAGUCUGCGCUGCCACAGACUUUUCCGGAACCCUCCCACCGGGUCUCUGGGCUGCACAGUCCAGCCCUUGGAAACAUCAGCUCCGAAAUAGACCACCACUGCCCCCCCCCCCUUUCGAUAUGUCUCCUCCGUCGUUCUCGCUGUACCCCCCCCUCCUCCUCGUGACCUGGACUCUUUGACUUAACAUACGCCAAUUAAGAUUGGUCUGUCCUUUCUAGUGCCAGUGGAGCUAUUCUUUUAUUUGGGGUUGUUUGUUUGUUUUUUUGUUUUUUAACUCUCUUUAUUUUUGUACCUGCUAGUUUUAUUAGUCCCUCUUUAGUGCCACGCACCGCCUGUCCGGCCGCCCACCCAACAAGCGAAGUUAUAUACACCACACCCGUGCUUUCACGACAGCCGCCUCCGAUUUUAAAAAAAAAUGGUUCUCCUCCACCCUCCUUCUUUUGUAAAUAAAUGUACAUAUUUGUCAAUUUUUUUUGUUUUUUUUUUAAUUAAAGAAAGUCUGCUCAACGCGCUAGUAUCACCCUGACUAGCUUCUCGCGUGUACCUUCGUACCAGUCGGCUUCCGGUUUUAGCACCUUCGGGCAUUUUAUUACACUUUCUACCAAAGGGAGAUACCAUUGUAGUGCUUUGCGUGGAAAGUUUGUGUGCGUGUGGGGGGGUUUCUCUCCUUUUGUAAAAAAUAAUAAUAAUAAUAAUACAUCUUGGGUUCUUACUAGACAAAAACGCGUGGCUCGCCAGUUCCCUUGCUGCGUUCGGAGAGGCGCGUUGUCGAAAUUUGCAGACAGUUGGGCAGCAGGGGCGCCCGAUCAUAUUGUCGACUUCCAGGUGGAAAGCGAGAAGACUCGAGCGGGUGGGUGCGCAAGGGAGCGCUCUGUGCCGUGGUGUAACAUGACUGUUUCAAGCAGCCAGUUCAAUACAUGUUAUGCCAUCCUGGUUUUCUUUUGGGGUAGGCGGGGCUGGGAGGUCUUCUGACCCACCUUAUCUUCCAACUCAGAAAAAUAAAAAUCUGCACUUUUGAGAAGCGUGGAUGAGGUUCGUAGAUGGGUUUGGCUGUGCUUCUCUCCCGCAGGCAUGUGUGACUUCUCGGUAUCAGAGAAAAUAAGUACCAAACCAGUAUUUUGACAGAGCUGCUUUUAUGUAUUUGGAGUGUGUAUGUGCCAGGGAGCGGGUGAAGCACAGAGCAAAAGAAUAAAGACAACGGAGGGUUUUGUUUUGGAUUUUUUUGCGGGGGGUGGGGUGAUAUUAGUAGUGAAAUAUGCCAGCGCAAAUAUCUAUUUUUUUAUUUAAAAAAUAAAAAAGGCUUGGUGAUACCGAAUAGCUAAGAAAAUAACCGGGGGAGACGACGAUCCUUUCGAAGGAAUUUUUUCUGUGAUUUUUGUAAACGUGGCAAUCGACUCAUGGUCUCUUCCUCAUCCGAAAGGAAGCGUGGUUGACUCGGGCAAAGCAAAGAGGCCGGGAGAAACGAGGCGCCUUUCUGGGGUUCCUUUUUGCUGUAUCCACCCCCUCCCCCCCCCCCCCGACUUGCUCAUUUAAAUCUAUCCAAAAGGUUUCCGGGCAGGUAAAUUUGCCUCUCUCUAGUGUAGAAGAGCGUUAUCGUGGUCCAAGACUUGAGCGAUAGAGGGAAAGGUGGUAUCCAGAGGCGGGGAUACGCAGGAGAGAGUUUCACCUGUGGUGGUUAAAAUAACGAGAAAGAACUCAACCGGGGGGGGGGGGGGAGUUUUAACAUUAUGCCAGCAAUAACCUAACUCUCCCUUCACGCCUCCUUCCCUCAUCUGUCUUGGGAAGGGAAGGGAAACGUUACACUGUCCUCUUCACUUUGCAGGGUUCUCAUGCACUGACUCUACUCCUCACCGUACCCGUCCUUUGGGAUGCGCCUCUCCCCGCCCCGCCCCACGUUAAAAUAUUGGUGCAGGCUCUCUGUCCGCUUUAAAACCAGCACUUUCUGAGAAGCAUCAGGCAGGAAGGUUGGGGUGGCGUUUGCAGCACCCAAAUGAUCCAAGAAUAAGGGAAAUCGUGCACAGCUGGUUAAGCCAAUGAGGACACCCUUUCCUCUCUUUGGAGCAGGGUUUCCUAACAACAUUUUUCUCCUUUCCUUCCUCCUCCCUCUAUUCCUGAUGUCUGACAUCUGAGCUCCAAGCUCAAAUCCCGGCCUAUACAAUAGCAAAAGAUCCCCCCCCCUUCCCCGUUAUUAUUUUAAACUGCUCUCUUUUUUUUGUAUUCUGUACUGUGAUCCGUUUGCCACCUUAUUCAUGUGAUGAUUUCUAUACAGAUGUUGUAAACUUGACUGUAGUGCAGUAUUUCCAUUAAAAUAUCAGGGCGACUCGUGUCCACA